UCCAGCACGAAAACAAGCACCGUGUGCCGCUGGCUUAAGAUACCUCUGUUCAAGAUACGUAACCACCAGAAUCGAAUUUAAUCAACCAAGAUACGUAACCGUCACGACGUCACGACGAGGUGUAUGUGGCGUUAAAAUUCAAAUUUAAUUUUUUCAUACUAAUAUACAGAUAUGGAACGUGCGGUAGAGAACGAUAUGAAAGAUAUAUUUUACAAUGUGCAGUUUAACAAAACAAACCACUUGCUAUACACAAAAAAGCUUAUGAAACUAUAUCAGAGGACUGAUUUAGAUACAUUCUCAAAAUGUUUCAUAUCAUGCUUGAAAGUGCCUCUUACAAUGGCUCAAGAGCAUCCACAUAUUAUAAACACAUUGGAAUUAUGUGCUAAAUUCUCCAUGAGCCUGUAUUCCUAUGCAGAAAGUGAAUCUAUAGAACCUAUGAAUCCAUUUCUCAAUAAAUUGUUCACAUUCUUGUUGUCUAGUGAUAAUGCAAAAGAUAAGACAGUAAGAUAUCGAAUCUGUCAUUUUUUAACUAUGCUUUUAAACUCUAUAGGCGAUCAUGCUUUCAUUGAUGAUAGCUUAUGUGAUCAAAUUACAAGCAGAAUGAUGGAUCGAUUGAUGGAUAAGUCUCCUAAAGUUAGAGCGCAGGCUGUUUUUGCUUUGCACAGAUUACAAGAGCCAUCCAAUGAUCAGUGUCCCAUAAUAAAAAUGUAUUUAUUUCAUCUAUAUAAAGAUCCAAACCCUGAAGUUCGCAGAGCAGUUCUUGCAACAAUGAGCAAGAAUCAGAAAACCUUACUAGCUGCUUUGAAAAAGACACGUGAUAUUGAUGACUCUGUGCGUAAGACGGCAUAUGAAUUUAUCAGCAAGUUUACAAUAUGUUCCUUGACAAUUAAACAAAGAGAACAAUUGUUAAAAGAUGGUCUUAAAGACCGAUCUGAUAGUGUCAAAGCCUGUGUAAGCGAUGUCUUAUUACCAACAUGGCUACGAUACUAUAAAGGAGAAUAUAUAAAACUUAUACAUGGUCUGGAUGCUGGAAUAGGGACAGAAGUUGCAACAUUAGCUUUACAAGCAUUAUUCAAAGACACUGAUGUAAAAACUUUGUUGGAGCAAGUACCAAUAAAUAAAAAUAUAAAAUUAAUUCCAUUGUCUAGUUUGUCGUGCGAAAAUGCCUUAUAUUGGAAGUGUGUUACAAAUCAUCUCCAUAAUUUGUCUUGCACAGAAGAGUUGGACUUAAUCAUUCCAGAAUUAUCCGCUUUUUGUAAUUACAUAUGUGAAUUUAUCGCUUUCAUAUCGUCUAAGCAGUAUGAAGAAUGGGAAAAGCAGUGUCACAAAUUUAUUCUUUUACAACUAUUUGAGAUAACUGAAAAAUAUGAUCUCUCAGACGAAGUUGGGAGAAAAAAUCUGCAGGAAAUAAUAAUAGAUGGUCUGAUGAGCAAUCAUUGCUGCAAUAAGAUAAUUGAAUGUCUAGUGCACCAGCUGGAUAAGGUGGUGCCGAAUAUUAGUAAUAUGCUGGACUUAGUAGCCAAUGUCAUUAGCGAGAUCAGAUUACCUUUACCCAAAGAAAGUACAUCCACUCAACAAGCAUCUGAAGAGAAGCAAGAGAACAAUAUUGUGCAGAAAACGCAAGUGAAGGUCGACUUGAUGGAACUCGAGGAGGAACUGUAUGAAACAGUCAAAAAGGAGGAUUUUCUGAAAGCAGACAGUAUAAAAGAAAAGAUUAAAACUCUGAAAGAAAAGAUAAAUCAACUGUCGAAAACUCCGGAGAAUAUAAUAGCCGAUGAUAUUCGUGACGAGAAAAAUGACGCAGCCACGAUGACGAAGUGCCUCAACAUUCUGUGUGCCGCGAUGCAAGUUCAGUCCAUUCGCACAUUGACACCUACACUCAGGCAUAUAAUGUCUAUUGUAUUGAACAGUCUCGACCAUCCUGACGAUAAUGUGCAUGUGUUAGCAUUAAAGGCGUUAGGUGUGUACUGCAUAUUGGAUAAGGAAAUGGCUAAGAAGUAUCUUAUGGUAUUCUUCUAUCAGUUUUCUGCGGAACAAGAAAAUCCAGACAUAUGGGUAAUCGCGUUAAAGGGGAUAUUCGAUCUCUUGCUCUCAUACGGCUUGGAGUAUUUCGAGAUCUUGCAGAUUCCUGAGGAGAGAUCUGGAUGGAGCCGUAUGCUGUACACCCACGAUGUCGAUAGCGUUGUCACCUUAAACGGGCGACCUGCAAUAGAAGAUAACAGUCGCAAUUUUGUUCACAUAUUAACAGGAUUGUUGGACAACGCGAAUCAGGAACUACGCACUGUUGCAGCAGAAGGUCUCUGCAAGUUAUUAGUCAAUCGGCGGAUUAGCAGUAGUAGCUUGGUGUCGCGCUUAAUAAUUUUAUAUUACAAUCCUGCUAACGCUGACGACGUUUACCUGCGACAGUGCCUAUGCGUUUUCUUUGAUCAUUUCGCGAUCAGUGUGCCCGAUGCUCCGGAAAUGCUCGAAAACGCAUACUUUCCGACUCUACGAGUCAUUUGCAAUGCGCCGGAUAUCAGUCCUUUACAGAGUAUCGAUACGUAUCACGUGUCCAUAUUUAUACUGACUUCAAUCACGCGAAACAACCAAAAGUUUGGCAAACAAAUGUUUGACAUGCAUAAUAAUCUGGCAUUCGCAGUAUUAGCCGAAAUCUUGAAUCCUGACAGUACGAUAAAUCAGGAGACUCUCAUCAAAUCUCUGACGGUUCUGUGUGUACAAUUCGAGGACGGUCCAUCAAAAGAGAAUUUGCAGGAAGAUAUCGAAAGAGUCACAAAUAUGGUAAAGGAAUCUGAUAAACGAUUACUCAAAUAUAUCGAAAAGUUCAAAAGAAGAUUGGAAACAUCACCCAAAGCAAAAGAAAUCAAUGGAAAUGAUGGAAAUGAAAACGGAAACUAGUAUGCUCUUUAUUUCUUAAUUGAGAUUGAAGAAAAUGAAGAGCCAACUUCUUUACUAAUUUUCAGAUGAACCAAGUAACUGACGAUGCAUAGAUAUUUAUAUUAUUAUUUAUAUAUGUUUUCAUAAAAAUUCUC